AGAACUUGCAAUUCUUUUGAAUUAGCGGCGCCUUAUAGUAUUUCCAAAAAUGUUUUAAGCAAAGCUUUAUACUUGAUGUUUUGGCAAUUCGAUAGAGUAAACCGAGUUGUUUAUUAAGAUUUUUGGAAAGCCUAUACCAAUACGUGGUCUAUAGAAGCAUAUAACUUAUAAAAGCCAUAAGUUUGCCAAAACACGUUGGUCUGACGAAAACAUUUCAGAGCAUGUGCAGUUUCAUUUCCUCUACAAUUUGGUGAAAAUACAUAUAUACCUUGGGGAAUAUAAUCGGCCUCCUUAAAACGCUUUUAAAAUCAUUUCUGUUUAUAGCGGCCGCUUAUGUAUCUCCUGUGGUACAAACAACGCUCCCUUACAAUGAAAAUGUUUUACCCGCAAUCUUAUAUAUUCCAGAUUUACCAGUGGACAAGUCUGAUACUGACUUAGAACACGCUAUACGUUUACAAGAUGCACAUCGUAUUCAAGUCUCGAAAGUACAAUGUUUUUCAAAUUUAGGUAUAGCUAUUGUUCAUUUAGCCAAACAAGAAGAUAAAGAUUAUUUAGUUAAUAAAUUACAAUGUGUUAUAUUAUUUCCCAAUGAUGGUAUUGAGGUAACUUGUACAGAACAACUGGAAGUAACAUCUUAUAUAGCUCUGGAUGAAAAUCAAACAGUAUCUAGUAUUGAUACAAUUGCACGACGAUAG